CACAUGAUCACCGCUCUGCUAUCAUUCCUGUUAUUCAGCACCAGUUAGCAGAACACAACCACCAACGUUAGCUUUCUCAGGCUCUCUUUUCCUUAUCCGACGAUGGCAACAUUGGUGGCAAACAGGGCGAUGGACGUCAACGGCUUGGCAGCAGCUGCGAGGACACACACCCAGGCUGUGACCAGGAAUUACAUCUCUCAACCCAGGCUAACCUACUCGACUGUGUCCGGUGUAAAUGGUCCCCUGGUGAUCCUGGAUAAUGUGAAGUUCCCCAGAUACGCUGAGAUUGUUCACCUAACCCUGCCGGAUGGCACUAAGAGGAGUGGGCAGGUCCUGGAGGUGAUUGGAAGUAAGGCAGUUGUCCAGGUGUUUGAGGGAACAUCAGGGAUCGAUGCCAAGAAGACAGCCUGCGAGUUUACUGGCGAUAUCCUGCGGACCCCAGUGUCAGAGGACAUGCUAGGGCGUGUGUUCAACGGCUCAGGCAAACCCAUUGACCGUGGUCCCACUGUUCUGGCUGAGGACUACCUGGACAUCAUGGGUCAACCUAUCAACCCUCAGUGCCGUAUCUACCCCGAGGAGAUGAUCCAGACCGGCAUCUCAGCCAUCGAUGGCAUGAACAGCAUUGCCAGAGGACAGAAGAUCCCGAUUUUUUCUGCUGCUGGGCUUCCCCACAACGAGAUUGCUGCCCAGAUCUGUCGCCAGGCCGGCCUGGUGCAGAAAUCUAAGGAUGUGAUGGACUACAGUGCUGAGAACUUUGCCAUUGUCUUUGCAGCCAUGGGGGUCAACAUGGAAACUGCCCGCUUCUUCAAGUCUGAUUUUGAGGAGAAUGGCUCCAUGGACAACGUCUGCCUUUUCCUCAACCUGGCCAAUGACCCCACCAUCGAGCGUAUUAUCACCCCACGCCUGGCGCUGACUUCAGCAGAAUACCUGGCCUACCAGUGUGAGAAGCAUGUCCUGGUCAUCCUGACUGACAUGAGCUCCUACGCCGAGGCUCUGAGAGAGGUCUCUGCUGCCCGAGAGGAAGUGCCCGGCCGUCGAGGCUUUCCAGGCUACAUGUACACUGAUCUGGCCACCAUCUACGAACGUGCCGGCCGAGUGGAGGGCAGAAACGGCUCCAUCACCCAGAUCCCCAUUCUCACCAUGCCCAAUGAUGACAUCACCCAUCCAAUUCCUGAUCUGACUGGAUACAUCACAGAGGGACAGGUCUAUGUUGACAGACAGCUGCACAACAGACAGAUCUACCCACCUAUCAAUGUGUUGCCCUCACUGUCCCGUCUGAUGAAGUCAGCCAUCGGUGAGGGGAUGACCAGGAAGGACCAUGCUGAUGUUUCUAACCAGCUGUAUGCCUGUUAUGCCAUUGGUAAAGACGUCCAGGCUAUGAAGGCUGUGGUUGGAGAAGAAGCCCUCACCUCUGAUGAUCUGCUCUACCUUGAGUUCCUACAGAAGUUUGAGAAGAAUUUCAUUGCUCAGGGCCCGUACGACAACAGGACAGUGUAUGAAACCCUGGACAUCGGCUGGCAGCUGCUGCGAAUCUUCCCCAAGGAGAUGCUCAAGAGGAUUCCUCAGAGCACCCUGGCUGAGUUUUACCCCAGGGAGUCUGCCGCCCGUCACUGAGGCACGCUGAGGGAUGCUCUGGUUCUAGCCCAACUCACCUUUCUACCCACCAUCCUUCUUUCCCUUUUAUUCCUUUCUUUCAUCUCAUUCUCCAGCCCUGCACUUGAAGGGGCCUGGAGACCCACCCCAAACCUCACCUCUUCUUUCUCCACUCUUCUUACUACCUCCAGUUCAUCUUCUUCUCCAACACCACCCCCACUUCCCUACCCUGAAUGACCACAGGGCAAUAAUCUCCCCUUCUGUAGAUGUACUGUAGCGUAGAUGUGUCCAGACGGUGUAUAUGGAAAGUGUCGGUGGUUGUAAUGUCUACCCUUGAUUGCAAAAAUGUGAACAUAUCCUUGAAAUGAUAGAGUCCUUAUUUAUUGGGGUGUGUUACUGCUGGAUCUUCCUUUUCAUUUGAAAAAAAAAAAUGCUAUGUAAUAUCAAUCUUCCCACUAAAGAGUGGGAGAUAUAGGGUGGUUGUCAAAAUACCAAAUACCCUGAAAUACAGCCCCCCUGCAGCCAGGUUUUUAUUAAGACAGUCAGUAAUGUUAAUUCAACUUGAUUGUCAUUUUCUAAACUAAAAGGCAGGCUUACAGUGAAUAUUUGCUGAACACAAACUCGGAGCUUGAACAUCAUAAAUGUCACCUGAGGGUCGAGUGUUUCUUAUUUUGUCCACUCCCUCUGUAUUUGUUAAUAAUACGCAACUGCUAUAUUUUUUCAUGUCAGUGGUUUAUUUGGCUAUUGGUCAGAUUUCCAUGCUGGGGAAAGCAUCCUUAGUAAACAGGCAAACUUGGGCCAGAUGUUUACUGUAUGUUACACCAGACUCUUUCCUCCCUCUUUUGGGCCCUCUUGCUUCCUCCACUGAUUCUGAAAAGUAUACAGUGGAUGUUAUCGUUAUUUGUGUUUUGCUGUUUGAUUUGUGUUGCGAAAGAUGAGUAUGUAAGAGUAUAUUAAACAUUCCCAUGUGUCGAAUUCUUUGUUGUGCAACAAUAAUGGUUUUGUGAGUUUGUGUCCAUGAAUAAAUUAAAUUAUGAUUA